CUGGCGAACCCUGGGCCGCUGAGAAGCAGAACAGGUGAACUUAACCGCUGUGCCACAGGGCCGGGCCCGAGAAAUAAUUAUUUGUCAAACAAAACCUGUAUUGAUAAUUGUAGCCAAAAGUAUCAAUUGUGUAGAAAUUUUGCUUAUGCUUCACAAUCUACUUUGGCAGUUUGGUCUGAGUUUAAAAUCAUUCUAAAGAAUGCACCAGACACCUGUGAGAUUGGGAAAAUACAUUCUAAAGACGGUAGUAUAGCUUUUUUUCUUAUCCUUUUAAGUAUGUGAAUUGUUUUUCAAACAUGCAAAUAAUGCAAGAAUACGUGCUCGUUGUAGAAGAAUUCAAACAAUAUAGAAAUAUAGGGAGUAAAAAGUAAAAUUACCCCUUCACCUUCUCCAUGUCACCCUCUUCCCAGAUGAAACCACUAUUAACAAUUUGAUUUGUAUCCUUUUCCACAAGCAUAAUUACAUACAUUAAGUCAAGUAAAAGUAAGAAAAGGUCAGUUAUAGCAGGGAAGUUAAACACACAGGCUUUGAAGCCAGGCUGCCUGGGUUCAAACCCAGACUGUCACUUACAACUGUGUGAUAUUGGGCAUCUUAUCUAACUUCUAUGCACCUCAGUUUCCUCAUAGGUAAAAUGGAGAUUAUAAUAUCUGUUUCAUAGAGAUGGUAUGAGGAUUAACUUAGUCAGUAUAUGUAAAGUAUUUAGAAUGGUGACUGGCACAUAGUACACACUCAAUACAUGAUGGAAUCAUACUGUAUAUAUUGUUCUACAACUUGCAGUCCAUCAGUACACACAGAGGUAAUACAGUGUAGUGAUAAGAGCAUAGGUUCUGAAUUCAAUUGCCUGGUGAAAAUUGUAGUUCCACCAUUUACCAGCUUUCUGACCUUCAACAAGUAAAUAACCUUUCUCUGUCUUUGUUUACUCUGUAUAAUGGAGAUAAGAGCUCUUGUUUUAAAUUAUGUAGCAUAUGUAGAACAUUUAGAAUGACUAUUAUGUAGUAAUUACUUAAUAGAUGCUUAUUAUCAUUCCAUCAUAAAAAAUCCUGAGUUUAGUAUUUCAUGUAAUAGAUGUAUCUUAAUUUAUCUAACCAUUGCCUUUCUGAUGGCCAUUUAAGUUAUUUUUAAUUAUUAAUUGUUACAAAAUAUGCUGGUUACCAUACUGCUUUUGUUUACUUAAAAAAAAUAAAAUAGUCUUGUCUCAUCUUCACAUGAAUGAGGAAAGCUAUUGCUGUUAACAUUUCCCACCGUCAUUGUAUUUUGCAUCUUGAAUAAACACUUUCAAGAUCCUCUUUUGGUAUGUGAGCAUUACCAUAUCAUAUAUGUGACCAACCCACUGUAUUUUCCUAUUAGUUUCGUUCAGUCCUAGGGUUUGAAUGGAAAGCAGAACCAAUUCAUUUUGUGUGGUUAAAGUUAUCUUUCUGAGAUGUAAGCAAAAGCUGAGAAACAAGUCAAAAGGGACUUUCCUGUGUUUGUACUGUUGGAAUCUCAGAAGACUGAAUCUUUAGAUAUCCUGACAUUCGAGAAAAGAAUAUACUGCACUCUUCUGUUUAGAAACAUUGUCUAACAAAAUGCUUGGAGAAGCUUUCCUAAUUGAAUUCCUAUACAAAGAACAGAAAUAUACAAAAUAUUGCAGACCACUUACAUAUAAGAAGACCUCAAAUGAUGAAAAGGAAACUUGGAAAAAGCAGCUUUUAGAUGUAGAAUACAAUUCACUUUCCUCUGAUAAAAUGGAAAAUCAAGAUAAGGUUGUGAAAGAAUGCUUAACAGAGCAAAGUAAUAGUAAAAAUAAAAUAAAAUCUGUGGAUGAGAUAACUGUAGCAAAAUGCAAAAGUGCAUCCCUUCCAGGAAAUGUGUCUGUUGCAUUGCCCAUUCCAAAGAGAGAACAACAUGAUGAAAGACGACUGGAUUUAUACCGAUCUUGGUCAUGUACAAGUAUUUGCCAGCAUUAUCCUGACCUACAGAUUGGAGGAGACCAUGUGGGAAACAUGUAUGACUCGGGCUGCUUUGUGGAACACAUACGUGAUGAUGCUUUUAAUGGUCCACUUUUACUUUCAGUAGAUAUACCAUGGGGUCAUUCUCCUGUCAUUGAGCCUCUAGAGAAUCUACCUGCCUCAAAGCUUUUGAAUGGGGAUGAAAUUCGAGACAAAAGUAUGCUGUUUCAUAAGCAGCCCCUCUCUAAUUCUAUGCUUAAUAGUUAUAUGGAAAAAAAGGUGGACGAACUCUACAAACAAUUUUUGGAAGAAAAUCUCACUAGGUGCCACUCCAUAACCAAUCUUAUGGCUUCCAAUUUGUUAAUGAAUAAUGUAAAUCAAAUUAGCCUUCAAAUCUCUCAAGAGCAGAACAUAGAGGAAUCGAAAGCUCGGGAAGCUCUCCUACAAUCUUUAGCAAGAUGUAAUCUUCGUAACGUUUCCCAUGGAAACAAUUCUGAGUUGAGCACUCCUAACUUACAAAUAUCAAACCAGAGAAGUAGAGAACUUUUAUCACAUCUAUAAUAGGAACCAGUUGUGGGUUGGUUGGACUGAAUUAAGAGACUGGACAAACAAUAGUUUUCUUUGACUUAUGUCACAUCAGGCCUCCUUUGGGGUGUGGUUAUUACAUUUUUCGAGAAAUUAUUUGACCAAUGGUACAUCUGGAUUCUUGUAGGAAAUAAUUUUAAUACUUAAGUUUUAUAACCAUAUUUUCUAAUUGUUUUGAUGUCUUUAAUGGUUGCCACAUUCAAGUUUGUAUAUUCCGCAUGUGCUUAUCUAUUGAAUUGCCACAGAUAUCCCAAAUCAA